AUGGGGAAAAUGCUGUCAAAGAUCUUUGGCAACAAGGAGAUGAGGAUACUCAUGCUUGGACUUGAUGCGGCGGGCAAGACCACCAUUCUAUACAAGCUGAAGCUGGGCCAGUCAGUCACCACCAUCCCUACGGUGGGCUUCAACGUGGAGACGGUCACUUACAAGAAUGUCAAGUUCAACGUCUGGGACGUGGGCGGCCAGGAUAAGAUACGUCCACUUUGGCGACACUACUACACGGGCACGCAGGGUCUGAUAUUCGUGGUGGACUGCGCCGACCGGGACCGCAUCGAUGAGGCCCGCCAAGAGCUCCACCGCAUCAUCAACGACCGGGAGAUGCGCGACGCCAUCAUCCUGAUCUUCGCCAAUAAGCAGGACCUGCCCGACGCCAUGAAGCCCCACGAGAUCCAGGAGAAGUUGGGCCUGACGCGUAUCCGCGACCGCAACUGGUACGUGCAGCCCUCUUGCGCUACAUCUGGGGACGGACUUUACGAAGGCCUCACCUGGCUUACCUCAAACUACAAAUCUUAA